GACGAAAGGAAGACACUGAAAAUUUCAGAGAAAGGAACUGGGUACUUUAAAUGCGGGGGAGGAGUUUCGAACGGACCGCGACGAUCUGACUAGUUUCUGCGUCGUUUCUUCUGUCUCUCGUGCAGUGUUAUCGGCUUGUUAUCGUCGUGCAACACGUGUCAAUAUAGGCGCGCGUUGGCCGCAACCGCUGGGUGCAUUCACCGACACAUGCGCACAUCAGCUGAACGAAACUCUUCAUAAACCGGCGGGAACACGUUACUCAUGACUCAGUGUACACGAUGCCACGGCUUGGCCGCGAUAGACCACGCACUACGUAUAUACGCCCUUCCCUUUCUUCGUUUUUCCACGGUGCUACUGCAACCGUUUUCGUCGUCGCAUUUUCUUGACACACAGAUCAUAGACAUAACCUUUCUUUCUUAUUCGGGGUAUGGUACCCGGUGCAGUGUUCUAACAAAGAAGCGCGACCGAUGCAUCAAUUCAGCAACAUACUUCCCCAUCGAGACAAGCGUCCCUUUUCGAUCAAGAAACCGGAGGAACGACCAAAAAACAUAGAAUAUUUUUGAAAAGGAAUGACUAUUCGUUUGACCGUAGAAAAUCAACAGAGCAUUGACGAGGAUUGUCCGUCCGACGAGCGCGAUGCCGCAGAAUCGGAAAAAGUGAAGUUCGAAGGUUCGAGGGACUCGACGAGCGUAUCGACUGGGACGACCGGCGGCGGCGGUGGUAACAAACGCGCCAAGAACAAGAAGAGACGCGAAGCACAGCAGGAGUUCACGCAUUCCUGGAUGGUGGGUGCGUUGAAGGGACACACCGGCCCUGUCCUCGACAUGAAUUUCUCCAGCAACGGCAAGUUCCUCGCAAGCUGUGCCGAAGAUUGCGGCCUGCGGCCGGAAGAGGAGGUCCUGGAUCCUGGGGAGACCGAUCGGUACGGUGGCUGUAAGGUGAAUCGCGAGACGCCAGCAUCGACGAAGACGAUGUCAUCGGGGAGCAAGAGCAAGCCAUCAGCUUCCUCGGCAUCCGCAACUUCCGUGUCGCCGACAACCGCUGCAUCCGAUAGUACGUCAGCAACGUCGAGCGUCGCGAUAACAACGUCAUCGCCUACGACGAAGGAAGAUCGAGCCAUCCUGAGUAGAAGGCAACGCAAGAAUCGCAGCAGAGUGCCACGAGACCAGCGUCGCGAGCUCAGAGACGACGAACACGAAGACGAGCAACCGACGCAGCAGCAGCAACGACACCGUAGACAUCAUCACUGUCGACAGCAGCAUCAUCAGAACAGUCCAACCAGAGGCUCCGAGUCAACCGAGGUGGCAUCUAUGGGUAGAAGAAAUUCAGGUGCCAGGAGGAACCAGGCUCAGAACGAUACUCACCGCGAGGAGAGUAAGAACGACGGUGUCUCCGGAGUGAAUGCGAAUGGUGGCUCGAAAAAGUCCCGUAGUAUUUUCCUAAGCAGUCAGAGGAAGGAACUGCACCACUUGAGCGAUGCUGCUCUUGCCUCGUUGCUCCGCAGAUACACGCUCACUGGAGACCAGCUGGCUCACCUUGGUUAUCCCGUAGAGUGCAAUUACUUCCCGGGCUACGCAGUGAUUAUCAAUCAUCAUCAGCACCCCAUGGGUCACCGAGCACGCGGUUACCAUCAUUUGGACGCGAAUGCGCGGGAAUUCGUACCAGGAAGCGGCAGCGGGUCUUGGAUGAUGGUCGAGAGCGAGGGAGACAGUGGAAACUGCAGUGGAAGUUCCUUGGAGAGUUCAGACUUGGAGCAAGAGAGUGCUUCGGACAGUGACAAGAGUUCGGAUAUCGGUGAGUCGUCGUCCUCUACCGAUUCGUCCUCCUCGUCAUCUUCCUCCUCCGACUCCAGCUAUCAAGAGAAGUCUAGAAGAGACUCUACACCGGACCCUUACGAGCUGGUGGUGGUCGAGAGAAGGUGUGCCAGAUGUUACAAGAGUUUCUACAUGAACCGUGAAGACGGGGAGUACCUCUACGAGGAGCGUUGCGUUUACCAUUGGGGCAAACUACGAAGCGGUCUGGUAGAUGGUGCUCACGGUGACACGUGGGAGUGCUGUCGGGGUCGUGAGCCUGCUCGAGGUUGCACUACAGCCAGGAUGCACGUAUGGACGGGAUUGGCUCCAGGUUUCAACGGUCCUUUCGACGGCUACGUUCAUACCAGAUUAGCUAGAACCGUACCCAAAGAUGGCAAUUACGGCGUGUACGCUCUGGACUGCGAGAUGUGUUUCACUCGACGCGGUCUUGAACUAGCCAAGGUCACGGUAGUCGGCAUGGACGGCAAGGUCGUGUACGACACUCUGGUGAUGCCAGAUGCCGAGGUGAUCGAUUAUAAUACCAGAUUCAGCGGCAUCACCGCGAAGGAUCUCUCGAAAGCGUCGAAAUCGCUCAGGGACGUUCAGAAAGACUUGACCAGCUUCGUCCACGCGGAGACUAUACUCAUAGGCCACGGGUUGGAGAACGAUCUCCGGGCGUUGAGGUUACUUCACACGACGGUGAUCGACACGUGCGUCGCGUUCCCGCACUUUCUCGGUUAUCCUUUUCGCAGCAGCCUAAAGACGUUAGCGAGGACUGUGCUGCGAAGGGAAAUACAGGUUACGGAGCACGAUUCCGUUGAAGAUGCCAGGAUCGCGGUGGAUCUCAUGCUGCGGAAGCUACAGCACGACCUGUCGUAGGAUAGUUAGCGGACGAGAGAGUAUUCGUGCGGAAGGAGAGAGAAAGAAAGGAAGGAGAGAAGGUACUUGAUAACAAGGAGUCGAAUAUAUAAUUAUAUAUACAUAGUGAACCAACUGCCGGAUUUCUUCUCCGCGAGGCGACCGAAGAAACUCUGUGGUGAAAACUGACCUUUUUCUUUUUCUUUUUGCCGAGCCUGCGAUUCGAAAUUCGCGCGACUUGUGAUCACGUGACCUCACCGCGUAGGGCUCCAUCGUGAAAUUGGCGUGUGUAAUCAUCGACGACUCGCGAUUUCUUUUUUCUUCUACGACGUUGAAAUUUGACGAAGUGCUGAUAUGGUGGACCCAUUAUAAGGACGUUGGUCGCGUCGAUCAGCGCGAGUAACUUCCGUCAGUGUUCAGUUCCAAGUGAAGUCUGUGAUACGUAACAUAUACAGAAAAAAAAAAACGGAAACUACACACGUUAGUGCGAUCCCUGCGCGUUUAGCCUAGCGUUCGUCACAACGGGGACGCGCCUUUUCACUCGCACAGUUGGAUUUAAACAUGCAUAUACAUACACACGCAUACACAUUCAUACGUUCGAUAUCAUUGCGUAGAACAUAGUCGACUUUGUACGGUACGCAUCGUUGCCGAGGAAGAAGUUUGACACGAUUUUUACACGUUCACUGGAAUGUCUUUUUUCUUUUAUUUUUAUACGUGAUACGAAAUCAUAUUUCUUCUUUUUUUUUUCAUCGAAUCUCCAUUGCGAUUCCGUUCGAAGACAUUCGUUUUCUUUUAGUAGGUUUCUAUUCCUUUGACAAAUGUCUACUUCGUUUAUGGUACAAAUGUAAAGACAAGGGUCGCGCGUGGUAGGUAAUAUCGCUCCCUUUCCGAUUACCGAACUCAAGCGUCACUGCUCGAACAAUUGAUUCUAUUUCUUUCGUUCUUUUCCAUUUAUCCGUUCUUCGUUGAACGAUUUUUCGAUGCGAUAGAGACGGAUCGAUGAAGAGAUACAUCGAGUGUAAACAAUCGUUAAUAAAAAAAGAAUAAAAAGCAAAAUACGUAGUAAAGCAAUAAAGAUGUGAUGGAAAUUGAAUUUUUUUAUUUUGUACGUUCGAUGUAGAGACGUAUGCCCUAUCCGCAAGACAUUUUCCUCGGCAAGAAGUGAUGCGGUGUUGUACGAUUCAUAUACACACUGUCUCUCACAUGUAGUAGUAUCUUCGAGUUUCUCACACUUCAUGGAUCAUGUAAAAAUACGUUUGUACCUGUGUAUAUACGUACAUGCCUAAAUAUAUGUAUACAUAUAUACUCGCGACAUAUGCAUGUACAUAUAUAUAUACGUACGUGCGUACAUGUAUGCGCCCCUUAUACCUUACGACCUCUUCUCUCAUGCAUAUUUCAUCUCGCGUUGUUUUUUCGUACACGUACAGCGAGAGGAGGACACGCGGCGUCAUUGAUGCUGGUAAGUGUCUCGGGCUUCCACAAUGGCUUGCAUUUAAAUUCUCCUCGAAAACGACGUCUAGAAAAUGCCGCUAAACGAGGACACACACGCGGAGAUCGAGAUGUUACCUGGAAUCGAUUCGUUUUUCAUCUCUCCCCUUUUUUUUUCAUUUUAUUCCUGUCAUUUUCGACGAUUCUGUACGUUUGUUCGAUACAGGACGGAAUAUGUUCUCGUGGAAAAAUGCCCGCGUCCUCUUUUCGUAUUUCUUAACCUAAAAAAAAAAAAAAGGAAAA